GAAAGGAUCCGGUUCCCAAGGCUCCAGCAGUUGUGCCAGAAGGCUCUAGAGGAGUCAAUAAAGUCUUUGACUAUCGAAAAGUUUUCGCAGUGCUACCCCACGUUGGCCUCUACCGUUGAGGGCAUGAAUUUGUUGAAAGUCGCACGCGAGCAGGUGACAAACUACUGGUUCAACAACUCGAUGAGAGAGUUUAAUUUGAUCUUUCAGGAGCGCGGCGUCGAAGGCAGUUUGGACAGCCUCGAUGAGUUGGUUGCCGAGGCGAGGUUGCGCAAACAGACUGUGAACGGAUCUGAGUUGCCUGUGUUCACCGAUGAGUUGACCCCGGAAGAGAUCCUUGCGUCUAACUUGUACGCCACCAAGAAGCGGAAGUUUGAGGAGUUGCAGGCUAUUCGUGAUAAUCUAGCGGGCGAUAACGAAAUGCUAUUGAAAGAGCUACAGGGGUUAUCGGAUGCCAGCAGCGGGACCUACAAAGAUAUUAACAACACCGUU